GUUAAAGUUGCACUAGAAUGGCUUCGUGGUGAAAGAAUUGAGUAUCAUCGCCUUGCUGCAGUCUUAAUAUUAAAGGAAAUGGCAGAAAAUGCUUCAACCGUCUUCAAUGUUCACGUGCCGGAGUUUGUGGAUGCUAUUUGGGUUGCUUUGAGGGAUCCAACAUUGGCUAUUCGAGAAAAAGUUGUUCAGGCAUUGCGUGAGUGCCUUCGAGUUAUUGAAAAGCGUGAGACAAGGUAUUAUCGAAUGUUUGAGGCUACCCAAGAUGGAUUGGGGAGAAAUGCGCUUGUUCAAAGUAUACAUGGAUCCUUUCUCGCGGGCGGGGAGCUGCUAAGGAACACAGGAGAGUUCAUGAUGUCAAGAUACAGGGAAGUUGCUGAAAUUGUUCUAAGAUAUCUGGAGCACCGAGAUCGCCUAGUUCACCUCAGCAUAACUUCUCUACUUCCUCGAAUUGCCCAUUUCCUGCGUAAUCGAUUUGUGACUAAUUAUUUAACGAUAUGCAUGAAUCAGAUACUUCAUGUCCUUAAAAUACCUGCAGAACGUGCCAGUGGGUUCAUCCCUCUUGGGGAGAUGGCUGGUGCUCUGGAUGGUGAACUCAUUAACUAUUUGCCGACAAUAACCUCUCACUUGCGUGAUGCGGUAUGCUAUAUAUUUCAUUACAGAUGUACUUGUCUAACUGUACUGUUUCCGGUCUUUCAAUUGGAAAGUUAUAUUUUCUGUUCCCAAUGUAAAAAGAAGUUAUAAAUAACUAAAAGGUUCUCUCUGAGUUUGAGCAGAAAUGUCAUGAACGGGUUCUUUUGUGUAGUGUUGCUCAAGGGUAACAUAUGUAUUUUCUGUGUCACAGCAUUCCACCUUUGGAUUGUAGGUUCUUUCUAUAACAUGUAAAUGCGCGAG